UUUCCAUACUUAGUCAAAUACAACCCCGUACGACCGAAAAAUUUGCGUAACUGUUAAUUCACUUUUUUUAAUAAAUACCCUGGGAGAAUCAAAAUCCUAAUUAGUAAUAAUAAAACCGUAUUAAUCAUUUUUUUUUGUGUACUGAUCAUAUUACCACUGAUCAAAAGUCUAUUUUAUUAUUAAUCAUGAUGAAUUCGGAAAGGUUUUUACAAAAUUAUCUCCCAAAUGAAAUGAUGGUGUCAAUAAAUUGUUUACUCCUAGGAAUGACUUCUUUUGUUGAUACUUUUGUGGUUAACGUUGCUAAAGAAAGCGACAUUCAUGGUUCUUUGGUCAAAUUUGAUGAUUUAAAGAUUUCAGACCUCAAGUUUCUUGUCUAUAAUGAGAUUAAUCAUGAUAUUAAGUUUAAUUAUAAGAACAUUGACCUUUGGAAGGUUGACAUCGCUUACGGUGAAAGAGACAAACUUAAACAUGUUACUACCAAAGAUGAUAUUAUAGAAAAAUUUGGAGGCGAGCAGUUGAUACCCAUAUUCUCGGUUAAGAAAGUUUUUUUUGAACAAUUGCUUGUAGAUGAGAACAUUCACGUCAUCGUACAAUUGCCCGCUGCUGCUGCAUCUCUUUCAUUUAAGGAAAUUAUUGAGGUUAUUAAAAAGAAUGCAUUAAAGGGUACACCUAAUUUGCCUGAUGCAAUGGGUUAUAUAAAUGAGACAAUAUACAGUAAUAUUACGGGCCGAGAUGGAAAAUCGAACUACUGGUGUCUUGUCAGUGGAGGAGCCCCGGGGAUAGGAAAAACUCGAUUUGGGCAGGAGCUUUUUAAUCAAGUCAGAAGAGACAUGCCUCAGUAUAUUCAGAAUAUUUAUAAUGAUCGUAAAAUUCCUCAUGACAGAAGAAGGACUGACACACAUCUUGAAUACUUAUGUAUUGACUUCGGAAAUGGUCACAGACUUACUCGACAAGAUUAUGGCAUAGAUGCAUCAAUAAUUAUCGGCUUACGAAUUGCGCAUGCGUUUUUUAUUGAAAAAGAACAUGGAAUGACGUUUCAAGAAUUCCGCAUCGCACUUGAACAAUAUGGGGACAGCUUUAAUAAUUUUCAUUUUAAUGUUGUUAUCGGAGAAAUUCGUAAAGCCCUAAAUCUAUCCGAUAAACACUUAUUUUUCCUAUAUCUUCAUAUUGAUGAAUUUCAACUUAUUGAUUCAUGGGAUAAAGAGGAUAAGUCGAAUCCACCAACAAAACUCUUCUAUAAUAUGAUCCAUAAUAUUUCGGAAUUUAUGCUUAAAUCCGCUUUACCCGCCUUUGUCCAACCAUUCCUUUCAGGGACCGCUCCAUUGGCUGUCAUUGAACAAAAAGAAGCUUCAAGAAUUUCAUUCCAGUUUGUUGAUUGUCCAUUAUUGAACGAUAAAUCCAUUAUUCGGAUUACGGAUCAUUUUGCAGAAAAAUUCAAUGCGGGAAUUGCAAACUAUGCAUAUAAAUGGAAAUAUUGUCGCCAAAUGCUUCAGCUUCUGAGGGAUACCGGUGGGUUGCCACGCGCACUUCAACGACUCUUUAUUGUCUGCUUUGGAGCAGAUGGUAAACAGGGGAGAGGAUUCUUCGAGAAACUUGAAAAAAAAGAUAUUGACUUUGUGGACUGUUUCAUCAAAGUCAAGGACAGUCUCGAUAAACAGUAUGGCAUAAGAGACUAUGUUGAAAAGAACAGAAAUGUUGCUAUGAAGCUCAUGUAUUUUUGCAUUGAAGGUAUUGCUAUUGAGCCUAAUAAAUGUUUGGAUGAUAAUAAUCCAGCUCUUACAAUUAGAAGCCUAGAACGUGAUAGACAUAUUAUUCUCUCCUCUGUUGAACAAUCUGCCAGAUGCAGUUUGUUCCUUAUUAAUAUGCCCUUCUAUUUUAUCUGUUUAUAUAAUGACGUUCUGUGUAUUGUUAAACCUACACUUGUAAGAAAGUUCUAUGAUGAACGCAUGUAUUGGGAAGAAUGGGAGGUGUUUGUGGCAUACCAUGAAGCAUUUCGUACUAAUCUGGCGAUAAAAAUGGGAAAGACUACAAUGACAUUACGAGAAUUAUAUCCCAAUGCUGAUGAGUUGGAUGUUAACUUUGAUAUGAGCGUAGAAUUGAAACCCCUUUGUGUAUGUAAAGCAAAUGAACAAUUUCCACACACUAAUCCAUUAACAGAAAAACAUGAUGGUAAAAUAAUAGACUGGCAGAAUGGUAAUGUAGUAGUUAUCAAUGGUAGUAGUGCUCCGUUUGCUGACGUGUUUCUUGUCAGAAAACUUGUGCAUAUUGAAUUUAAAAAAUUCCUAAUGUCGAACCAGUGCAAAUGGGAUUACGUUUCAAUAAAGAUGCCCGAAAGUAAAGUUGAAGAAGAAGAUGAGAAAAAUCUAAAGAGUUUUUAUACUGCUGUUGAUGAUGAUGAUAAUUAUAUUCUUAUUACAAUUAUUUUUACUUCGCAACCAUAUAAGAAGGAAAAGCAUGAAUCAGGUGUUUUGGUAAUUUCAAAAGAGGAUUUUAAAAAACACUUUGGACCCGUUUUUUCCUCUCGGGCAUCAUUUGCCAUUACCGGAGAUGCAAAUCCCAACUUUUGGGAAAAAAAUAGGUUGAAAAAUGUUCUUAACGGUAUUGGCGAUGCCUCGAUUGAUAAUGUAAUCAAAAAACGGCCAUAUUAUAGCGAUGAAGAUUAUUAUAUCAAAAAUCCAGGGGCUAAAAAAAUGCCAAAAAUGGAUUAUUUCCCAUUUGACGUGUCAGAAAUUUUAGAUAUCGAAAACCGAUGAUUGAUGUGAACCAACAACUCCAACAAAUGAGAUGAUGCAAUGACAAACGCACGCGCGGGUUACCAAAGGGUUCAUACUAAUAGUAAUCAUGUACACCUUGUAUAUUAAACUAUUAAAAAAUAAGAUUUUUUUGCGUUUACGAAAAAUUUAUUUGAU